CCCGACAGCAUGGAUCCCACCUUGGAGCUGGCCGAUGACCCCAGGUUCUCCCGCCCUUUGGUGGAGAUGCUGAUCAGGAACUUCAGCGUGCCGGCAGCCUGCUUCUCCCUGCCGCCCACCUCCCGGCAGCUGCUGCACCAGCUGGACAUGGCCCAACUCAUCAUCCUGGGCCUCUGCACCAUCAUGACACUGCUGUCAGUUGUGAUCUAUGCAGAAGAGGUUUCGUACCUCUUCCGCAAAAUCCGCUGCCCUAUCAAGAUGAAGACCCUCUGCUGGAGCAGCUCAGCCCCUACGGUUGUGUCAGUGGUCAGCUGCUUCGGCCUGUGGUUCCCGCGCUCCAUGAUGGUGGUGGAGAUGGCUACCACGGCGUACUUCGCUGUCUGCUUCUACCUGCUGAUGAUGGUCAUGAUUGAGGGCUUUGGGGGGAAGGAGGCGCUGCUCAGCACCCUGAAGGACGUGCCCAUGGUGGUCAGCACUGGGCCCUGCUGCUGCUGCUGCCCCUGCCUGCCUCGAAUCACCAUGAGCAGGAAAAAGCUUAAAUUGAUGAUCCUGGGGACUUUCCAGUAUGCCUUCUUCAGGGCAGUCGCUGUCUUCCUGGGGCUGAUCCUGUCUGCUGAUGGGAAUUACAACCCUGCUGAUAUUUCAGCUGAGAGCGUGGCCCUCUGGAUCAACACCUUGGUUGGUGUCUCCACCCUCUUUGGGCUGUGGGCCCUGGGCAUCCUCUUCCGGCAGGCCCGGCUGCACCUGGCUGAGCAGAACAUGCAGGGCAAGUUCACCUGCUUCCAGAUCCUGCUCCUCCUGACGGCGCUCCAGCCCGCCAUCUUCAGCAUCCUGGCCAACAGCGGCAGCAUCGCCUGCUCACCGCCCUUCUCCUCCAAGGCCAGGUCGCAGCAGAUGAACGCACAGCUGUUGAUCCCACAGACCUUCAUCCUGGCGGUGCUGACAAGGAUGUACUACCGCAAGCAGGAUGACAAGCCGGGCUACCAGCCCGUCAGCUUCACACCUGCACCCGCCGAAGCCAAGGCGUGAGCAGGAGGGAGAAACUGAGGUGCCAAGGGGCAGCGUGGGGUGAGGGGCUGGUCUACCCUGCACAACCUUCUCGUCCUCCCCUGGUCCUGGGGAGCUGCUGGCAGCAGGAAAGGCAGAAGGGGAAAGAGCAUCUUGGGACAGAAGAAGAGAGUCUGAAACCUAAAAGCCAU